AUGGGGGAUUUCAAGGACAAGGUCAUCGUCCUGACUGGGGCAUCGAAUGGAAUUGGCGCAGCAACAGCUCAAUUAUUUCUGGAGCACGGCGCGAAAGUCGCAGCACUAGACAUUGCAGACGCCGCAGCCUCAUCCGACGCACAACAGCUCAAUAUCAAAUGUGACGUCUCUUCGGAAGACUCUGUGAAUGCAGCAAUUAAGCAGGUACUGGACAAAUGGUCCACUGUCGACGUCCUAGUCAACGUUGCCGGGGUCAUGGACCAGUUUGAACGAGUCGGCGAUGUGUCUAACGAGAUGUGGAAUCGUGUCAUGAACAUAAACGUCAACGGACCCUUCAACACGAUGCGCGCCUGCAUCAACCACUUCCUGACCAAGACGAACGAAGAACAGAAGGGCCGCAUCGUCAACGUCGGGUCCGUGGCUUCGAUCAGGGGCGGCGUCGCCGGAGUCGCCUACACAACCUCCAAGCAUGCCUUGCUUGGGCUGUCACGCAACACAGCCUGGAUGUACGCCAAGGAGGGGAUUCAAUGCAACGUGCUGCUUCCCGGCGGCGUGACCACGGAAAUCAUGAAGAACAGUAAUUCUGUUCCAGACAAGAUCGGCCUGGAUACCUUGAUGCCGGUAAUGGCGACUUCUGUGGGGAACUGUGCGCCGGAAGAUAUGGCGAGGGCGAUUCUGUACUUGGCCGGCGGCCCUGGCGUGAAUGGUGCCGAGUUGAGGGUCGACAAAGGGAUGACCGCCGCUUGA